AUGAACUUGCCCACAAUUACUGCCAAAACCAUCAGCAAAGCAGAGAAGCGUAUGGGGCCCAGUAUUGUGGAGGUGGCACAGCAGUCAUGCAGAGAAGCUAUUGCUUUAGAGAAGGAGCUAACUCGGAGCAAAGUUCAGAAUUCUCCAAGUAACGUAAAUUCAAGCACGCCUGCACCCACAGUCAACGGUCAUCUGGCUUUAAGUACUCCUCUCAGCCCGGCAAGAAGCACUGCUCCACAAGAUUUUUCAACAACUCCUCGAACUAGGCAAUCAGAAGUAUUUGACACCACUCCUGAAGAUCCUACGGAUAUUGUGGUAUCCUGUGACUUUGGCUGGGACAAGCGUGGUAAUGGUUUAUGUUACAACAGUCACAGUGGCCGAGGCAGUAUGGCAGGGGAGAAGACCCCAAAAAUGCUUGAUACUGUUGCUAUGAGUAAUUAUUGUGCCAUGUGUGCUCGGGGUCAUAGCCCUUAUGACCAUGCUUGUGCCAUCAAUUAUGAGGGGAGUUCCAAAGGAAUGGAACCUGCUGCUGCAGUCAAACUUAUCUGCAACAAUCCCCUCUUGAAAGAAGCUGGUGUCAGAGUGAAGAAAUUAGUUGGUGACUCCUCCACCAUUGCUGCACUGAGAAGAGAAUGUGACUAUGACAUAGAAAAAAUAGUUGACCUAAACCAUGAUCUGAAGAGUAGCGUCAACAAUCCUCUGUAUACUUUGGAGAAAAACAAAGCCUUUGCUGAAAUUCUUACUAAGGAUGCAAUAGAGGACAUCAAGCGCUGUGUGAGUUAUGCAAUCAAGCAAAUCAAAGGUGAUGUAGAGGGUCUUCGGUCUGCCAUCUCUAACAUAACUAAUCAUGUAAUGGUGAACAUGAUAAUUGCGGUGAAUGGUGCAAAGCAAGAGGCGAUCCAGAAUAUGUCUACAAGCACUUGCCAAAUCGCAAGCACCUCACAUGCCCAGAAUUUCAACCUGCCCUGGAUGGACUCUAGCAGAAGCAGGCUGAUGAAGAACCUCAGUGCAAAUGAAUCCCUUGAGAAGAUUUUCAAAAAAGCCAAUCUCUCACCAUCAGUGUCUGACUACAGGAAGAAACUUGAGUCAAAAAGAGUAUACCAGGCAACGCACAAGAACAAAAAUAAUGUGAAGUUACGUCGCCUCUUCUUGAACAACAGAAACUCCUGGAAAGACUCUGCGGACAACAAUAGAGAUGGAAUCACAUAUGUCAUUGGAAUGUCUAACACCAUGGAGCGAGCAGCAGCAGCAGCUUCAGUUUCAUCUUGGUUGCCUCAACGUAAGCCACUUCAACUCUCCUGCAAACUUGUUAUUGUGGAUAUUGACACGGGUGGCUUUGAUGCUGCAGCCAGUAUCAUACAGAUUGCUGCUGUGUUGUGGCGGCACAGUACUCUACUUCAAACAGUGUCCGAGCAGGAAGCUUGCCAGUCCUUCCUCGCUUUCCUCAAGGAAUGUUCAGACCAGGUUGUGCUUGUCGGGCACAACAUUGUUAGCUUUGAUGCGCCCAGGAUUUUGAGAGUAAUGAACAAUUUGUCCCUGGCUAAGGACUUUUGUGAAAUUGUCACUGGACUUAUAGAUACAAUGCCUCUCAUCAAGCAAGGAAAAAUGAAAAAGCAAGAGCUGUUGGCAAAAACAUAUCUCACUGGACCUGAGUGGGAGUCUACUCUCAAAGAAGCUCCUGUUUGCAUCUUACUUGAUGGUCUGCUGCAGCACUUCCAAGUCAGUGAAGAGACUCAAAAGGAGCAUGUUCUUCACAUCGGGGACUUCAUGGAACGGCAGGCAAGUCUAAGGAAAAAGGCGGCCAAUCUACCAGCCCUGGCUCCAUUGCGUGGUCAUCUUUCUGACCAUAUGCUAAAUAAAAUGGCUGGCAACGGAGUUACCUUACAAGAAUUGAAGAGAGAAGAUGAAGCUUAUGGAUAG